AUGGUGUGGUGUGACCGUGGCGUCCAGAUGCUGCUGACCACGGUGGGCGCCUUCGCAGCCUUCAGCCUCAUGGCCAUCGCCAUCGGCACCGACUACUGGCUCUACUCCAGCGCCCACAUCUGCAACGGCACCAACAUCACGACGGACGAGGCGCAGGGGCCGCCGCGGCGGGCGCGGGGCGAUCUCACGCACUCGGGGCUCUGGAGGAUCUGCUGCCUCGAAGGAAUCUACAAAGGACAUUGUUUCCGGAUCAACCACUUCCCUGAGGACAAUGACUACGACCACGACAGCUCCGAGUACCUUCUCCGCAUCGUCCGUGCCUCCAGCGUGUUCCCCAUCCUAAGCACAAUUUUGCUGUUGCUGGGAGGACUCUGUGUCGGAGCAGGAAGGAUUUACAACAGCAAAAACAACAUUAUUCUCAGCGCUGGGAUUCUCUUUGUUGCAGCAGGUCUCAGUAAUAUCAUAGGGAUCAUUGUCUACAUAUCGAGCAAUGCAGGUGACCCAAGUGACAAGCGAGAUGAGGACAAAAAGAACCAUUACAACUAUGGCUGGUCUUUUUAUUUUGGAGCCUUGUCUUUUAUCGUGGCCGAAACCAUAGGUGUUCUGGCUGUGAACAUUUAUAUUGAGAAGAACAAAGAGCUGAGGUUUAAGACCAAGAGGGAAUUCCUUAAGACUUCUUCCAGUUCUCCUUAUGCCAGGAUGCCAAGCUAUAGGUACAGGAGGCGGAGGUCCAGAUCCAGCUCCCGCUCCACGGAGCCUUCUCCAUCCAGGGACAUUUCUCCAGUUGGCAUGAAGAUAGCAGGCACCAUCCCCAUGAACGAAAUUUCCAUGUACACCCUUUCCAGGGAGCCUUUGAAGGUUACCACGGCUGCCAGCUACAAUGCAGACCAAGAAGCCAGUUUCCUGCAGGUCCACAACUUCCUCCAGAAGGAGUUUAAGGAAGGACUCCACGUCAACAUGGUCAACAGGAGAACGACGCCAGUCUGAAGCACCUUCCUUCCUCGUGCUUUUUGAAGAGAUGCCCAAACAGAAUGGAUCUGUCAGGAGUGAUGUUAAAAUACCCUCUCACCUCUUAAUUGUGGCAUGUGUUGAGGUAGCAAGUGGAGAUCCUCUGGACCAACAUAAAGAUAUUUACACGCUCGUAGCUUUUUUUGAAGCUAUUUGGAGUUUGUUUAUUUCUGUUCUUGGUGUCACAAGAUGAAGGCAGUUCAUGUUCCUGCACUUUUGUAGUGUCUACACAGUCUUGGAGAAACUGCAAAGGACUGGCCACCAGUGUGUUUUAAAGGAUUACAGAAAAUUUGUUGUACUUUUUUUUUUCUAAUAUUGAGAUCCCUUAAUAUAAACUUGCAAAUAUAAUUUAUAACCAAGCCCAAGGAUGAAAAUGAGCUACUCAAUCAAGUGAGCCACUUUCCUUCGACACGGCGUAAGCUUUGCCUCUUUCAAAAUAAAAUAAGAAAAAAGAAAAAAAAAAGAAAAUAUUUUUGAAGGCAACACUUUCUAAAACUGACCUGUGCCACUGAAACCGUAGAGCACCCACGUACUGAGCAUUACAGACUCUCCGAUGGGGUGGGAAGGGGGUCUCCCAUUCCUGGGGUAAGGCAUCCCUUGGGGCAACACAGGCUGAGGAGCAGAGGGUGGGUGCGUCUUGAAACACCUGGAAAGGGAAACAGAUUAAAGCAGGUGGGACUUGAGCCUAUUUGCAAGCAUCAUUUCUUGCCUAACAUUUAGAAAACUUGAAUUCUCAUUUCGACGAGCCCUAGUGCCUGAUCCGGCAAGGUGCUGAGUGCUGGCUGUCAGGAGCCCCUGGAGAUUUGCCCGAGCGUGGCGGGAGCAGGGCAGAGCCGCCGCCGCCGAUUCCCCGAUUCCCUUACGCUUCACAAGUGCAACACUAACGCUACUGGAAACAGAGAUCUCUGAGCAACCAGGAGAGAAUGGGAAACAGAGAUCUCUGAGCAACCAGGAGAGAAUGGGAAACAGAGAUCUCUGGGCAACCAGGAGAGAAUGGGAAACAGAGAUCUCUGGGCAACCAGGAGAGAAUGGGAAACAGAGAUCUCUGAGCCACCAGGAGAGAACCAGAAACGGAGAUCUCUGAGCAACCAGGAGAGAAUGGGAAAUGGAGAUCUCUGAGUAACCAGGAGAGAAUGGGAAAUGGAGAUCUCUGAGCAACCAGGAGAGAAUGGGAAAUGGAGAUCUCUGAGCAACCAGGAGAGAAUGGGAAAUGGAGAUCUCUGAGCAACCAGACAAGAACGCGCCCGGACUCGCGAACCUUCCUGCAGCAACGGGAGCCGAGUGUCAGCAGAGCAGAUGACAACUUUGUAUUUUUUAAAACAGAACAAAAAAAAAAAAAAAAGAAAAAAAGAAAAAAAAUCACUGUUUAUGAGAUAUUUAUUAAACUCUUUUUAUUAUGAAUUAAGUGCCGCAUGGUGCAAGGUAUAGUUGCUUUUAGAUGGAAAUGGUGGUUCGACCUAAUUUAAUUUAUUUUGUAAUGAUGCAUCUACUUACGUGCAGAGAGCCCAGAGCAAACUCUAUGCAUCACGUAAGGAGGGAACUAAUUUGUACCCUUUGCUUCUGUCUGUUUCUAAAAGAGUCUGAAUAUUAUUUUCUUUUCUUAUAAAUUCCUGCUUUCAGUUUUUAUACUUAGGCUUGGAUCUCAAAGCUCGAUGGCCUGACUCAAAGGUAAUUUAAUUUAAUGGUACUCAUGCUGAUUUUAGUGACCACUCGACCAAGCCAUAUGAGAAUGAGGUGCCCGAUUCCCCUCAGAUGAAUUAGAUGCAAUGAGAGAGGAGCAUCUAAUUCCUGUAGAUUCCUUUGAAUAUCCCCAUCAUCUUUGCCCACAAAAUCUUUGCUAACAGAACACUACACAAGAAAAAAAUCCAUAAUUUGGAAAGUUUGGGUCACUGGUAGUGGGAGAUCUCAGCCAAACUGUUAAAACCUCUUUAGUCUUAAUUUAUCCUAUGAUGGCCCCAGGGCCAGAGACUCAGUGGUGGUUUGGAUACGAAGCUUUCAGCUAGUGGAACCAAGUCCUCCAGGGAAAUCCCGGAGCAGCUGCCUUAACAUCCCAAAAAGGAAGUUGAACCCCUCUCCCCCCAGAGGAACCCACUCAAGCCUCUCUCCUUGCAAGAACCAAGACACAAUUCUCAAUUUUAAGCGAGAGUCUUCCCCUAGUCACUGUUAAGCUCUGCCUGGCCCUCAGCCUGGCACAGCCACAUCGUUAUUUUGGCAGGGGUGGGUUGGAGCCUUCAUCCCUGCUCAUUAAGAGUUUCCAUUCAGGUUAAAACUCCGCUGGGAUCCUUUUUUCAAACCUCUGAACUCUGAGAGCUAAAGCGAAUGGAGCGAUGGGAAUGAUUUAAAACUAGAAAAUGUUGUGCUACUUUCUGUAUCAACACACUAUGGAGAAAGAUGUUACACAAGCUUUUUAAAAAAAAUUCAAACAGAGGCAGAAAAGAAAACUUUUUUACCUACUUUUCGGCUAGGACAACAUAAAAGGGUUCUAAAAUUAUUAAAGUUCUUGAUGAAAGGUUUUUUUUACAAGAAUCUUUAUGCUUUCAAACAAUAAAUUAUUUCCUACUUUUUGAGACUUCGUAAUAUUAAAAUACUUUGAUUAGCUAUGAUAGAAGUAGAAGUUUGCAAUGAAAAAAAAACCAACCUUCUGUCUCAUUAGUGUGUCAUACUAAGUGCUAAUUAAUUUACAUCUAAUUAUAGUCAAUGUAUUUUUCAAGUGCAAUUUCCCAGAACUAUUUGUUUCCCACUGUGUUAAAAAACUAAUAGUUAGAACUAAGUCCUCAUCCGUGUUUCCUGUAAUUAAGAAUAAAACCAUUCCCUUUCAAACCAGGAGUUAGAUAUAGGCUGUUUCUCUAAUCUCAUGUACCUUGAACUGGAAGUGGACAGUGUCAGGUUUGCUCGCGCGUGGGUUUUGUUCUUUUAGUCGUCGUUCUCCAGUGAAUGUGCUUCAAACCACCCAUCUGAUUCCAGACAAAGUCCAAGGCUUUUCUUCAGCCCAGCUCAGACCUGCAGAGGCACAUGCAGUAUUUUUGGCAGAAAAAGUCUUGCUGAGUGUUUUGGGAUGUUGCUCUUUGCCAGAGCCUUUGCCAGAGCCCGGGUCAGGGCUGGGUCCAGCAGCUCUCCAGGAGUGAUGCCCUGUUUUGGUCCAAGCUGGAGCAUCUGCUCCUUCUCCAGCAGGCAGCUUCAAGAAAUGGAGCUGGAGGAGGGAUCAUGAGAUGUUCAUGGGGUCUGGACAGGGAACAAAGUCAUGUGGACAUAACAGGGACCAGAGCUUUUGUCCUGUGAGACAACAAGGGCUGCGACUGAAAACUCAGCAGUUAAGUUGCAGUGCAGCAAAUUGUUCAACCAAAGCCAAAACCAAAAAAAAUUCAUUUGGCAAUUCCAGAAAACAAACAAACAAACAAAUGCCAACAAAACCACCAAAAACUCAAAACUUCAGUCCUUUCCUAUGAAAAACUUUGAUUCUGACAAAACUGAAAAAUUUGCAGCAUUCCUGCCCAUGAGCAGUCUUGCUCCAUGGUUGAUGUGUCUGAACAGAGUCAGAUUGUGCUCAGCCUUUGAAACCACCCAGUGAUAGUUUAAAAAAAUCAUCUGUUCUUCCACAUCUUUCUGGUUUCCCUGGACAGCAUCUAACAAAUGAGCCCCAUUUCCCAGCAAGGCCUGCAGAUACCAUAAAACCAUAUCAUUAACAAUUCUCAGUCUUUUGGUAUAUAAUAUACUGUAACAACAGAACUAAAAAAAAAAAAAAAAAUGCUAUUGGAUCAGAUUUGAUUUUCCAAGAAACAAAAUUUCAGGUAUACCAUGAGGUCUCUCUUCCUUGUUUCUCAUACACAAUAGAAGUAAAAGGAGAAAUCACUUCAGCUGCCCAGACAUCUAACAAUAAACUAUUUUUUCUGUUUCUUUUUCUCUCUGUAUGGAUCACAUAUCCACAAGGGCUAAUAUAUCAUGUCCCUUGAGGCUACAUUUCUGUCUGCAGUUCUAAAGUGUUAUUUCCACUGUGCUUCAGUUCUACUGGUAUAAUCACAACCGUGUAUAAUGUACUUAAUCCUUACUUUUUAAAUAAACCAUUUUAAAUGUA